AUGUGGAAAAUCAGAAACAUUCACUCAGCAGCUUGGGGUGGGGUGGGGGAGUCUGCAGAUGACAGUGAGUUAAGGGUUAUCAGCACUUCUGUUAUGAAAGGGCAAAACAACAGCAACAACAAAAGGCUGAUGUUAGCAUUGCGCACGGUGCUACUUCUGAAAAGAGCUGGCUUAGCUUCUGGAGCUUCAUUCAGGAGAGCAGGAGAGCAAGUGGUGUUAAGGCAGCCUUUGCUGACCCCCAACCAGUGCCUCUCUCAUCUCGUCCAACCUAACCCUCCUUCUCUUUUGUUGCCAGUGGCGGCACCCGACUUGUUGGAUCCUAAAUCUGCUGCUCAGAACUCCAAACCAAGGCUCUCGUUUUCCACGAAACCCACAGUGCUUGCUUCCCGGGUGGAGAGUGACACGACCAUUAAUGUUAUGAAAUGGAAGACGGUCUCCACGAUUUUCCUGGUGGUUGUUCUCUAUCUAAUCAUUGGAGCCACCGUGUUCAAAGCAUUGGAGCAACCUCAUGAGAUUUCGCAGAGAACCACCAUCGUGAUCCAGAAACAAACGUUCAUAUCCGAACACUCCUGUGUCAACUCCACCGAGCUGGACGAGCUCAUCCAGCAAAUAGUGGCAGCAAUAAAUGCAGGGAUUAUACCUUUAGGAAACACCUCCAAUCAAAUCAGUCACUGGGAUUUGGGAAGUUCCUUCUUCUUUGCUGGCACUGUUAUUACAACCAUCGGGUUUGGAAACAUCUCACCACGUACAGAAGGAGGAAAAAUAUUCUGUAUCAUCUAUGCCUUACUGGGAAUUCCCCUCUUUGGCUUUUUGUUGGCCGGAGUUGGAGACCAACUAGGGACCAUAUUUGGAAAAGGAAUUGCAAAAGUAGAAGAUACAUUUAUUAAGUGGAACGUUAGUCAGACCAAGAUUCGUAUCAUCUCAACCAUCAUAUUUAUACUGUUCGGCUGCGUGCUCUUUGUUGCUCUGCCCGCGAUCAUAUUCAAGCAUAUAGAAGGCUGGAGUGCCCUGGACGCCAUUUACUUUGUGGUUAUUACUUUAACAACCAUCGGAUUUGGUGACUACGUUGCAGGUGGAUCAGAUAUUGAAUAUCUAGACUUCUACAAGCCGGUGGUGUGGUUUUGGAUCCUUGUCGGGCUUGCCUACUUUGCUGCUGUUCUGAGCAUGAUUGGUGACUGGCUCCGAGUGAUAUCCAAAAAGACGAAGGAAGAGGUGGGAGAAUUCAGGGCUCAUGCCGCUGAGUGGACAGCCAAUGUCACAGCUGAAUUCAAAGAGACCAGGAGGCGGCUAAGCGUGGAGAUUUAUGACAAAUUCCAGCGUGCCACCUCCAUUAAACGGAAACUCUCAGCAGAACUAGCCGGAAACAACAAUCAAGAGCUGACUCCUUGUAGGAGGACCCUGUCCGUGAACCACCUGACCAGCGAGAGGGAUGUCUUGCCUCCCUUACUGAAGACUGAAAGUAUUUAUCUGAAUGGUUUGACACCACAUUGUGCUGGUGAAGAGAUUGCUGUUAUUGAGAACAUUAAAUAGCUCUGUCUUUGAAGAGCCUUAGGCAUAGCCAUAGGUGAGGACUUCCUUAUGUUCUUUAUGACUGUUGCUGGUAGCAUUUCUUAA